AUGGUAGCUUCUAACUCUUUAAAGGAGCAUAUUCCUAUUCAAGUUCCAACGGCCCAGGAUGUACUGGACUCUUCUCAACCAUCACACAAUCUUCCAUCUGUAGCCAUCAUAAACCAGGAUCUUGAUGUGGCUAGGCUAAUGGAUAUUGAAGUAGGUGUUUCCUCCAGUCAGAUACCCCAUAAGGACAAAUGCCUCCCUAAAUCAACACAGACAACUUCUAAAAAGUGGAGGAGAUCAGACAAGAACGUGGGACGACUUCAGAGGAGUUCAGAGCCUCUUAACCCAGCAGAGGCAACUCCAGGAAUGGAGAUCAUCCAUCUGAUUUCCACUGACUUCUACAUUGCUGUUAACUUUAAGAUUGAUAAUGAGGAUAAAGGCUGGGGUAUCUUCAUCUACAUGAGCACUGACAGAGUAAGGCGGAGUAGCUUGGCCGCGGAGGUCGGGUAUCGCGCCGCGGCAAGCUCCGCGCCGCGGCAGAAGGUUCACCACACUGCGGGACCACCACGACUUGAACUGCGGAUUUGUACGUUGAAUCGCGUCACGCCGCGGCAUAUACCGCACCGCGGCACAUUGCCUCACCGCGCCGCGAGGGUGCCACGACCCGAACUGCGGCUGUGGGCUGUUGAAUGGCGUCGCGCCGUGGCAGACGUCGUGCCGCGGAAAACUCCUAGUAUAAUUAUUGGGGUCGAACUCAAAUGUUUCUCAUCUCUCAAAGACUCACGAUUGAACCCUAACCCCAACUUCUCCUACGCCAUCAUCUCCGACCAACGGUUUGUCGACCACUUCCGACCACGCGACCACCAACCAACCCAUCUCCGGCGACCCUCCAGCACCGGCGAACUCACUUUCUCCGGCCAAGCUAUCUCAGGCAACCCCUUUUUCUCGUGA